CAGAGUCUAAAGCCAUCUAGAAAGACGAUCGAAUCCAUCAAACAUGCCACCGCACCUCAUAUCAUCCUCCUCCUUCACCCUUCCAACAGCGACCCACUCGCUCUCAUUCACCCUACACACCCCAUUAACCCCACCCACCCCAACUGCACCCCUCAUAAUAAUCUUCCCUGGCUACGGCGACGUCGCAUACUCCUGGCACCGCGUCGUCUCCCUCCUCGCGCUCAGAUUCUCCGUCCUCACGUACGACCGCUCCGGUCUCGGCGCCUCCCUGCGCGGCCCGAACCGCGCCCUCGCCGCAGUCGCCGCAUCCGAACUCUGCCAGGCCCUGUCCAAUCGAUCCGCGCCUCCCGUGCCGCUCCCAUCGCCACCGUACGUGCUGCUCGCACACUCGUACGGUGCACUCGUGGCGCGCGAAUUCCUGGCAUUGGACUCCCCCUUGGGCCGGGCCGGGGAGUGUGUGAAAGGGAUGGUGCUGGUCGAUCCGGCGAGCGAGAAGCAGCAUGAGUAUUUUGACUUUGAGCUUGUGGAUAGGAUUGGCGAGGGGGUAAGUCUAGCGCGUGCGACGGGGCUGCGUGCGAAGAGUAGAUUUACUGAUGAGGAGUGGCGGACGCGGGUACGUUUGAUGACUGGGGGUUUGCCUGCUGCGAAGGAGGAAGGUGCGAACUUUGUGGAGCACUGUAGGAGUGUGAGGGCGCUGAGGCAGAUUGAAAGGAGGGCAUUGGGCAAGAGGCCGUUGAGUGUUGUGCUUGCGCGAAGUAGGUUGGAUUACGAGGCGGUGCUUACGGCGGGCGUGGCUAGGGGGAAUGGGACGGUAGAGGAGCGGGAGAAAAUGAGAAGCUUGUUGGGUGUAUGGGAUGCAGAGACGAGGAGGUUAGCUGCAGAGCAGCUGGGCAUGAGCGAGAAUGCGAAGUUGGUGGAGGUGGAAUGUGGGCAUAACGUGCAUCUGCUGAGACCAGAUGUUGUUGCUGGGGAAGUGGAGUGGGUUAUGACACAGUUGGAAGGGAAGAUCAAGGAGAAGAUAUGAGUGAGUGUCACAUGAAAGUUCAAGACGAAGGGUGAUACUAUGUUGUGUCAGUGAGGUGGAUUGGGACAGUUUGCUCUAGACAUGAGGACUAAGUAUAGAUGAUAUGAUGAUGACCUAUGUUUCUAAAGUUUGAGAGGAGGUCGAUUCUGGGUUGAAACCGUAUCACGACGCUGUAUGUCGCUCACCCCCAAUGACAUCCAUGCAUUCACUAGCUCAGCGUCAAACGCAGCAUAUGUUCGACUCCUGUAUUCCGCCAAUUCUAAGCAUCUCCUAUCAUCCGACCUCUAUGAACCAGUAACAGACUCACAGAUUCCAUUCUACCCUGACAGCUAGACUAAUCAUACCCGUCGCAAUUACUC